AUGCCGGGACUUACAUCGCCAACUACUGUGACCACGACCCUAUCCUACUUCAGCCCUCCCGUAGAUGGAGAAAAACCCUAUCAAAAGGUCAUCACCGACCCUGAGACUGGCGACCGUAGCUUCAAGAGAAACUGGAGUGGUGAUGAAAGGUCCAAUAUUGUUAUCGAGAAUCUGCGCGGGAAAGAAGAGACAGUGUCGCUCGAUAAAACCGGUUUCCAGUUCUUCCAGCAUACUUCAAACCACACCUCAUUCGUAAACGACGAAGAGAUAAAGGCAGAAUACUACCCCGAGAGCGUCGAGCUUAUCAAAAAGUUGACAGGGGCCACUCGGGUGGAGAUCUUUGAUCACACCAUCCGCAAGCAUCUCCCCGAGCUCCAGCAAAAGUCAGUGAACGGGCCUGUUCCCCAAGUGCACAUCGACCAAUCAGCUCCUGCUUCUAUCGCACGCGUGCAUCGACACAUGCCAGUUGACGAAGUCCCCAAACUGCUCGAGCAGCGCUUCCAAAUUAUAAAUCUCUGGCGACCCAUCCAUCACGCCGCUUACGACUGGCCCCUCGCCCUCUGCGACUACAGAAGCGUCGAUCCAGUUGACGUUGUGCCCGUGGCUCUCAUAUUCCCUGACCGUGAGGGAGAGACCUUGGGAGUCAAGUAUAAUCCCAAUCACAAGUGGAAAUACCUUCGUGGCAUGACACCGGAUGAAAUUGUGCUGAUUAAAUGUUUCGAUUCGAUCCAAGACGGGAGCGUUGCCGUGUACACACCGCACACCGGAUUCAAGGAUCCCUCUACACCUGAGGAAGCAAUCCCAAGAGAAUCAAUCGAACUGAGAGCUUUGGUCUUUUAUGAUUAG